CAGCGUGGCGAUCGGCGGUACGCUGUGUCCCUCGAACACAGCGGAUCACCGAUCAAUGGAAAGAGCCAAAGAUGUCGGCUAGGUCAUGUGAUCAGCUGUGUCCAAUCACAGCUGAUCACAUAGGGGACAUGUACACUGAUCAUCAGGACACUGAUGAUCGGUGUGCCCUGCUGAUCUGUGUAACCGUAGCAGUGCCACCUGUCAGUGUCCAUCAGUGCCAUCUGUCAGUGCUCAUCCAUGCCACCUGCCAGUGCCCAUCAAUGCCACAUAUCAGUGCCUACCAGUGCACAUCAAUGCCACAUAUCAGUGCCCAUCUGAGCUGCCUUUCAGUGUCACACGUCAGUGCCAAUCAGUGCCACCUAUCAAUGUCAGUCAGUGCCACCUAUCAGUGCUGCCAAUCAGUGCCACCUAUCAGUGCCAGUCAGUGCUGCCUAUCAGUGUGAAUCAGUGCCGCCUAUCAGUGCUGCCUAACAGUGCCAGUCAGUGCCACCUAACAGUG